AUGACGACUGAUAGACGCAAUAUAAGAGUUUUGAAGCCAAAAGAAAAUCUAUCAGAAAAUAUAAUCCCUGAAAACAGUUUUGUUGAAAGAGUUAACAAGCUUUUUCAAAAUUCAAAAGUAGCAGGCAAACAAGUUUUCAAGCUAAAUUUGCAAGAAAAACUGGGUAACGUAAGUCCAUUUUUGCAAAAAAAGCUAGAUGCUCUCAGUACAAGUCGACACAACCGUACAUUUGCAGCAAACAAAGAAUUCUCUUUUUAUGAAAAAUACAACAAAGAAUGGAAGCAUCCCAAAAAUAAUUCCAAAGAAAUAAAAAUUUUAAGCUUAAUUUUAGAAAAACUGGUUUUUAAAAGAACCAGAGAUUCUAUGCGGAAACUCGAGAAAACCCAAGUACAAAAUUACAAUCCUCUAGCAUUUACUAAAUGCAGCCAUUGCAAUGCUGUAGCCUUGACACUUCUUACAAGUUCCACCAAAGAAGAGCUCUCACCAAGAUUUCACGAAAAAAUCUUACAAAUUUUGCCAUCAAAACCAGAAAAAUUAGUAAGAACUCAGCCUAUGAUAAGAGAUUGCAAUAUAACCACAUCAUGUGCAGUAACUGAGCAUAAUGCUUCAAAAAGGUCAUUAUAUUAUCAAGAAGGAGGGUCUCCAGAGCCAAAAGAGAUAAUUCACGACAAUGAAUUAAGCCUUGUAAUGUACUCUGAGGAUCAAAUAGUCGCAUCUCCGCGUUCGAAAAAGAAAAACUUAUCAGAUAUGAAUGAAAUCAGUGAAAUAAAGCUGGAUUUCUAUGAAUCUUCAUUAGAUUCCCCUGGAAUUGCGUCAAGUAGACAAAUCGAGCCAAAGCAUACAUUGAGAUUCAAUGAAUCCAUUGGGUCAAAAAAGCCCAAAGAAGAAGCAUCAUUUGAGUUUAACCCUGAUAUAACAGAGCUUCCAAAAGGGCUUGAGCUUGAUAUUGAGUUAAGCUUAGAAGGCAUGCCAAAAUCAAAUGCUGUAAAAGUCCCAAAGCUAGAUUUCAGCGAGCUUUUACCUCCAAAACCCCCAAAACAGCAUAAUAAAAAUCCAUCAAAAGCAUGCAGUAUUGCAGAGCAAAAAAAAGGAUUGAAAAUAGUUGAUGGAAUUUUUAAAGAAAGAUUGAAAUUAUGUAUGGGAAAUUUUAAAAAAGCGCUAGGAAAUGAUGGAGAACAGUCGUUAACGUUUGAUUUUAGUAAAGAAGAAAUACAGAAUAGCUCUAUUUUGCAUAGUCCGACGAUGACAGGGACCUUUGGGGCUUUUGAGAAUAAUAGAAAAUGCAAUUUAAGUGUUAUUGAGCCAGCUACCAAAGAGCCGGAAAGUUCGGUUUGGUUUGAGUACCCAACACCUUCACAAAGCCAGAAAACUGCUUAUAAAAUAUGCCAUGCGAGACUGGAAAAGUUUAUUUAUAGGAGAAAAAUGCAAGCAUUCUUUUGCUUGUCUGAUUUUAUAUAUAAUAUGCCAUUCUUGAGCAGUACGAAGAGAAAGUAA